GGUAUAUUUUUUUAAUUACCACACUUUAAAGACAAACACGGCCAUUGGGCGAUUUCUGUCAAUGAUGGAGGACCUUCUUCAAGUUACAAUUCACCACAACACCCUGAGGAAAGCAAUUUUUCAUUUCUGGGCAAUGAAAAGAUAUAGCUAUGACUUUUCCUGUAUUCGCUGUGGCCAUGAACCACCUAUCCUAAUUGCUGAUGGUAAUUGGAAGGUGGCAUUUGAUUUACCUGUCAAUCUCCUGAAGAGACCAUGUACUCAGAAUGUACAACCAAGUGACCUUAGAGUUGAUGUUGAUGAGAGAUGGUCAUCAUUGGAAAAGGAAUUAAUUUGUGUUGGUUUCAGUAAUGAAACAAAGGAGAGAAACCCUUUCUCCAGUGAACUGUCCUACUCAUCUUUUGCCCCUUGGCUUGGAUCCUCCUGCAGAGCUGGAAAAGUUUUAACAAAAACAGAGAUCCUCAAAGGGUUUUCAGAUCGUCUAAGUGACAAGUCACCUCCUGUGGACUCGCAUGCUGUUGAGGACACAGUACUAAAAUUGCUUGAAUCCAAAAAGCCUUCCAAAAGUGAGCUGCUGGCAGCAUGUGCACAACUUGGAGUAUCUGUUGCUGGCUCUGCCUCAGAUAUCAUUAAUCGCUUGGAGGAGCUACUUCUAUACAAAGACAUUUACCCCAAAAUGUUCAUCAAACUACAGAAGACUGGAGGUGGUGUUCUCCAUGUUGGCUGCCCACAUGCAAUUGUUUACGUUUGUUCACCUCUUUGGUGGCAAGAGUCAGCGAGGGACCACGUUGACGCUCUUCUGAAUUUAAAAACUCCACCGACUAUCUACAUUUCAGAUGUAGCUGGACGUGUUGCACGACAUGCUAACAAUAGAACUCGACAGGCAUUUUUCAGGCCUUUUGAUGGCAGACUGUGUGAGGCCACAGCUGAAAAUGUGGCCAAGGCCUCAGCUAAGGAGCUUGUUGUCCAUUUACCCUGGGUUAAAACCAUGACUGAAGGUGGACGUGUCCAGAGUCAAGGUAAUGAAGCCACUGAAGCACUUGACAAACCUCACCCUAUCACAGGAACGUCAGAUAGACUUUCAUUGUAUGACCGCUUUCAUCAACGUAACCAAAAACAGGAAAAAGAGAAACUGAGAAGCCUUGAUCUUGUCCCAGAGCUCCUUGGUCUCAUUAACUCUUCAAUGGCAGAGCAACUCAACCGGGAACUUGCCAACUCUCGAUACUUUCUUUGUCAGCUGAAAGAUGUUCAUUUUAUGUUUGCACUUCGCUUGGUGUUCCAUUUGCAUAACUGUAAAGUGAAUAAAUCAUUCAUGGACAAAAUGCUGAGACAGACACAAGGGGCAGCUGAAGUUGGCCUGGAUGGCAGACUGAGUCUCUUCACUACAUAUAGAGGCACUGACUCAAGAUUUCAAAUUCCUGAACGGAUCAAGGAAAAGAAGAAAGAAUUAAUCUCGGGUGAAGGACUACACUUUAACACAUCACUUUUCCCCAUCUUAAAGGAAAACAAGGACAAGCUUUCUGAAUUGUACUGCACUGUACAAAAUCAUACUUCAGUCCUUGUGCAAGUUGACAACUGUACAGCAACAGUUAAAGACCUACAGUCACUAUAUCCAGCACAAUCCAUUUUACCUGAAUCAGAAGACAUCCUACCCAACCAACCAUGGCUGACUGAUGAAGCUGUCAAUACUAGAGUAGCACAGCUUGCAUCUACAACACCCAAUUUUGUGAUGCUCCCGACAUUUACAUUUAUUUGCUGGUGGAGAGACUGGAUCACUCAAACAAAAAUAUCCCCUCGAAAUGUAUCAUGCUUGAAGAACCUUAAAGGAAGUGACACUGUGGUUUUUCCUCGAUGUGUCAGUAAGAGUGAGAACCCUGAGUUUGGGAACCACUUCAUUUUGUGGGUGUUCUGUGGUCAAAGUCAUGAGAUCCGGGUGUUUGAUUCCAUGGAGCUUUACAAAGAUAUACCAAAGAGUCAUAUGGAAAUACUUUGUGAUGCCUUCAGUAACACAUGGAAACUUGCUGAUUGGAUUAUCUCUUAUCCACCACAGUGGCUGCAGAGCAAGGGUGAUGCAAACAACUGUGGAGUGUUUGUAUGCACUAUGGCAGAGAUGGAGCUGAAGGGCUUCAGGUUGAGAAAAGAGACCAUUGGUCUGUCACAAACACAAUAUCUACGAGAAUAUCAUGCAACAGACUUAGUAAAAGAUGUUGUUGUAGAGGAAUCAAUGAAAAUACCAGAAAAACCGAUGGAGUGUAUGGCAGGUGACUUGCGUGUGUGCUGUUUUCAGAAAGUGGGCAAAGGGCCAUUGUAUCCCAGUGUUGUCAAGACCUUGUGGGUACAGUGUGACAUGUGUUUGGGCUGGCUACACACAGAUUGUGCUGGAGUGAAAGAAGCAGAUGUCAAAAAAGGCACUUUCAAAUGUGGAUGUGAUUUGACACAACCAUACACUUUUGAUGACACUCGGAAGGCUCUGAGACUUGGAAUUGAAAACAUAAUCUCAGAUCAAGACAUAAAAGCUUUACAUGAAGCUUUUCACAAUGGAGACAUCAAAUCCUGUCGGUUUUACCUGUGGAAACAUCCAGAGACAUCACUGAAAUUCAAGCAGCACUUAAAGCCAAAGCAGUGCCAUUUCAGCGAAAGUGAUCUGAUUAAACUUGCUGACAAAAUAAAGAGAGCAGUGGAUGCAGAUGAGGAUCUUGAAAACCUGAACUACAUAUUUGAUGUUAUGAUUCCAGAAGUGACCAUACUUCUUCUACAAAGAUUGGAGAAGAUUUGCCGCUAUGCGGUUGAAGUUGUUAUGGCCUCUGGCAUAGUUAAGUUACAAUAAUUUGAAGUAUGCUAAUGCAUCAACUGCAUUUAUUAAAAGGGG